CUUCAACACAUAACGUCUUCUACAAUAUGACACCUGAUUGGUGGGACCCAACGUGUGCGGAGCUAUCUCCAGCCAUUAUUUACUUACUCAAUAUUAUUUCUUCUUCCUUGUGUCUGUAACGUCGGCCUUUUUCUGCUACUGAGGCUAAUCACCGACGCAGGUGAGCACACUACCCCCAACCGGAAAUUUUGUCGAAUCCUCUGGUGUUCCAACCAGAGGUAGGGAUCUUUAACGAGUCCAACAUCCAUGGCCUCGGGCCGCCGGCAUAACGUCCCCUCCGAAGGACGGCAUAUCCGUACCAUAUUUUGUGCUCAUUGAUAUGGUAGCUGUAGCUAUGAUAUGCUAUUUCAUCAUUUUACAGAUGUACGGUACGGGCUUACCCGGCGUUUCCUCGAAUGGUCACCCAUCCAAGUACUAACCGCGCACGACACUGCUUCACAUCAGUUCAGAUAUCGAACGGCUAGUGCCAGUAGUGCCUUACCUGAGAAGCUAGGGCGAUGCCCCAUUCUAUUACUGUCUCGAUCCACCAGACAUCAGACGUCACAGAACAAGAACAUUGGCCUAAGCGUCAGUAGCGUCACUACUUACUUCGUUCUUUGUUUCAAAACUUUCGAAAAAGUUUUAAAAUUUUCAGCUGCCAACGGUUUCCUUUUGUUUUGUUUACUUUGUCCGUUAGUCCGUUUUGAAUGUUUUGAUUUGAAAGGCUUUAAAGUAGUUUAAAGAGAUAGUUAUGGAUUCUGCCUAAUUAGUGUCGCCGUACAUAGAUGUGUUAUUUCGGUGAUAAUAUCAAGAUAAUUAAGCAGUUUUGAGACUAGGAACUGUGAUAAAAAAACGUUUUCCUUGACUGCUUAUUAGAUUUGUCAGUCAUGGGAUUAUCAGCUAGCAAAAUUGGCAAACACGUUUCUGAAGAAGAAUUUCAUGAAGGAAGUGUUCCAACAACACCAAUUUUGACUCCAAAAAUUGAAAAAAUCAGCAAUAUUUUAGAUCCUCGCUCUCCAAGUGCCAACAUAUCAAGAACUCCCCUAGAGAUAUUGACUGCUGCUGCAAAAAGGCUUCAGAAUUUUGAAGAAAAUCAACCUAUUGAGAAUGUCAACAAUGAUACUCCCCUUAGGUCAAAACCAUGUUUGUUAGAAAUAGACCCAAGAUCCCCAACUACUGACUUCACAAGAACUCCAAUUAUACUGAAUGUAAAUGAAAAGUCCUUACCUAGGCUGCUUCACAAUAAAAAUUUAGAUAAAGUUAGGCUGGCAGAAAUUAACAUGCCAUUAUCAUCUAGUAAUAAUGAGUCUACUGUUACUAAAACUGAGGAUUCCUUGAUGCUGCCACAAACAAAAUCUCCAAUACUACUAGAGAGUAGCCCUAUAAAAUAUAAAACAGAUCCAUAUAGGCUAGCCUAUAGGAGAAAAUCCUUUGUUGGAUUACUGGAAACUAACAUUGAUUUUACUGAAACUGACUUAGAUGUUGUGAUGCAAACAAAAUGCACAAUGAUUCAAGAAGGAGAUAAUUCUUCACCAUUUGAAAAUGAACCAAAUGAUGAAAAUCUAGAUGCUCUGAGAGUUAUGAAAGCUGAUCAUGAAGAAUUGAGUAAUGAACUAGCUGUUAUUAGCAGUGCUUCUGCAAGCCAAAUUGAAACUAAUAAGGAAACUUUGAAUGAUGACAUUGUUCCUGAUAAAAUUGAUUGUGAACAGAGGGACUUACAGAAUUUGUCACUUGAUGAUGAAAGCUUCGAACCUAAAAAAAUUGUAAAUUGUAUGAAUAUUCAAAGUUCCCAAGAAAAAGAACUGAAUGUAGACACUGCAUCCAGGGACAAAACUGAAGAUUUGAUUGUUCAAAUUGCAAAUGAGAGUAAAUCUGCCCCAAUGUCACCACCAAGUCCAAUUUUGGUUACUAAAGAGUCUAAAUCAGCUCCAGUAUCACCUCCUACAGUUAACAUAACUGCAACCAUCAAAGAACUUGACCAGAAACUGACAAAUCUGAUUUAUGAAGAUGAUAUAAUAGUGUGCCCAAGGAUAGUCAAAUUGAAAGAGCCUAUAGAAAGGUCACCCUUGAAAAAUCGAAAUGGUAGUGAACCUCUUAGAUCACAAAAAUUGAAAGUCAGUGAUAAACCAAGGAAGUCUGACUAUGUUGUCAGCAAGAUUCCAAUUUUUAAAGAAAAGGGAAGAAAAGAAAUCCAGUGUGAGAACACUCCUCCUAGAAUGUUGGAGAUGAAAAAAGGCAAAUUGAAGAAAUGUAAUUGGGACAAUACUGAUACAACUUUAUAUUUGUAAGUUUUUAAAUUUUGUGUUUCUUCAUUGUUUCAAAUGUAGUGCAUCCCAUUUAGUUGAGAUUGCCAGGUUUCACCCUGUUGUUACUGAAGAUAGAGCCUUAUAGUUUUCAACUCCCUGUCCUACUUUUAUGGAAGCUCAAGAUGACCUUAUCAGAUUUUCAAUAACUUUCUGUUUAUGCAAUUUUGGAAAUGUAUACCAUUUGAACACUUCUAUUUCUAAGAAUUUAUCCAAAAUAAUGUUGUACUAAGAACUACUUCUAACAGAGAAUUUUGCACAAAAUCCAAUUGCCUACUCAAUAUUUUUUCAGGUAUGGUUUAGUAGAUAUGACACAAACUUAUAUAGUUUUCAAUGGAACACAUUUUUUCCUUUGAAAUAAUGUAAAAUACUUUAUCCAUAUGAUCUCCAGAAAUGCUAAAAAAACACUAAUACAUUAUAUUAUGAUGAAUGUGCUAGUGGGAUGUGAAUUUUCUAUUUGAAAGAAUUAUCAAUUGAAGAAUUCUCAUUAGUGAUUUUUUUAUAGAUUAGGCAUGGAAAUAAUACUAACACUUAUUCAUUUAUGUGCAUUAUAAAAUGUAGGUACCUAAAAGCAACAAAUAGAUAAUGAUACAUAGUUCAUAAUACAUUUGGGAAAUAGAACAAGUCCUUAUUAAUGUGCUGAAUGUAUCCAGUUAUUUCCAAAAACACAUGAUAGUCCUUUGAAUUGAACUUGUAAAAUUCAUUGACCACCAGCAAAAAUUCAGCAUAGUUUAAUGUUUAAGUGUUUUUCCAGCAUUUCUGGAAAUUCUAGGUAUAAACUACCUAGGUGUUUUAUAUCUUUUCAAAGAGAAAAAAUAACCAAUUCAAGGAAAUGAUAAAAUACAGGGUGUUUCUUUGAAAUACAUAUAAGUUUGUGUCAUAAUAUCUCCAAAACCACACCAUGAAAAAUAAAAAAGAACGCCACUGAAUUCUGCACAUAAUUGCUGUUAGAUGUAGUAAAUGAAAACUCUUAUACAAAAGCUGAUUACUAGUACACCAUCUUGACUUCUAGACAUCUUGACAAAAAGUGAGAACAGAAAAUGGAAACCACAAAGUUCUAUCUUUACAAACAACCCAGAAAACUGGCAGUCUCAAAGUCUCAACCAAAAUGGAAUGCACUGUUCACUAGUUCAAAUUAUUUCUAUAAAUACUUGCCCUAAAACUGUUUAUAGUAUCAUCAAUAGGUUAAUUUUUGUAAAAUAAAUUAUUUUGAAAGAAGAUUUCUAUCAUGAUAAUAUCAGGUGAUAAGACAAAUUUCCUAUCCACAUUGUCAUUUAUUAUGAAAUGAUAUAUUAUGAUUCCACCAUGGCCAUACCAAAAGUUACUUACUUAUAUCAAUUUCAUGAGUUAGACACACUGUGAAACAUUAAUAAGUAUUUUGUUUGAGCUUAAAUUAAAAAGAAAUAAUAGGCAAGAUUCCUAUUCCAUCAUCAUUAAAAUCAGAAAAUUGUGAAUUCUAAAAAUAUAAUAACAUAGGGUAAAUGCACCAGUCAUGACCAAUUAACUAAUAUUUUGAUCUCAACUUUAUGUGUUGAUGAUAAUUUUUUCGAAAGAUUGAACUGUCUUAAUGUAU